GCCGCGCCAUAGACAGAGGUUUCAGUCGGUUGCCUCAUCCAAACUGGAUACCAGUAUCAGCGGCUUUAUAGCCUCUAGAGGAGAUAAAAAGAAUAAUCAAAGUCAAUUGGCGAAUGCUUACAAAUACAGACGAGAGGAACAGCAAACCAACCUCACCGGGUCGCCUGUCUGCUUCUAGAUUAUAGCCUCCAUGUUAAUACAAACCCUGACUUUUACAUUCAUCUACACUUCGAUAACAAGCAGACUUCAGACAAGACUGAAAGGGAGUGGCAAGAGGUGAAGUGAGAAGUCGAAACUAUAGUCAAAAGUGAAAUACAAAAAAACACAACAAAAAAGAGGAAAAUCAAAUAAAUUUCUAUCCAGCAAACUACUUAACAUUCCCGGCUAGCUAACCACAGCGGUUGUAUGUUUACAGAACAGUCUUCUCAGAUGUGGCGGGCAACGAACGGCUUGUGUCUGGAGGAGACCUGCUGGCACGUGGGUUCUUUAUCGCCAAUCGCAUUCGCAUGGCAGGACUGCAAUGCAUUUCAGUCGCACUGUUAAUUAGUGGCACCUAAUAUUUGCCCCACACGCUCCUGACAGCACGCGUCCGCCACCCUUUCAUCCUCCCCGCGCGCGCUCCUGGGGACUGGAGGAACGCCGCCUGGCGUCGCGGUCUUUAUCGACAGGUGAAACAUAGUCGACUCCGCACACCUGGCAACUCACUCAGCUACAUCUCACCCAUCCCACCUACAAGCUGUGGACACCACUUGACUUGUCAACUCAGUGAGUGAGGUCGAGGGACUGAGUGACACUGUGGACCUGCUUUCACAAAGCUUGCGGUUCGCAUUGAUGUGGGGAUAAAUCCAUAAAAGCAAUCUCACCUGCAGAGAGCUAUCUUAAACUCGGUUUAGUGGCUCAUCCUACACUUACUCUACUUACGAGGUACUGAAUGACUAAGUGUUAGUUGGCUAACUAACAGGCUGACUAAUGGCUGAGGGUGUUUGUCACAAGAAGACGGCGGCCCUCCUGUGGACUUUACUAGAAUGCGUGUUUUUUUCGGGGGUCGUGCUGGGUUGGUCAUGGCUGGCCCUUGUCUUCCAAGCCGACGGCUACUUCCUCGGUCACUGCUUCGACAACGCCACCAACAUCACCAAUGCCGCCGUCUCCGGCGACAGCACCGCGGGGCCGCAGGGAACCACGGGAAGACGUUGCCAGCAGCGACCUCGAGGUGUCCGAGGGUCCACUGCCGCAGUCCUUGCACACCCUAGCUCCACCUACGAGCCCACUGCCACCCUCCUUGCACACCCUAGCUCCACCUACGAGCCUACUUCCACCCUCCUUUCGCACCCUACUUCCACGUACGAACCCAUGACUGCCCUUCUUACACGUCCAUCUCAAACCUUCAAACCCACUGCCGCCCUCCUUUCAUCUCACCACCCCACCAACGAACCCACGGCUGCCCUUUUUUCGCAGCCCCUGCUCACUCAGGAACCAACAUCCACCCCUUUUUCAGACAUGCAGGUCUCCGGACAGACCGAGGUGUCCGGCAGUUCCACCAAACUCGACCCUUUGGAAGCAACAUCUGCGACCUCAUCCUCGGCAUCGCUUCGGCCCUUCAACGGCCCUGAGAAUGGGGGACUCCCGAGGCCGCAGCACAGGUCCUGUCCAGAACAGAUGGAACGACUGCGUCUGCUGUUCGCCGUGUCGCACGUGUUGCGGGACCUGCUGAUGCUGCCAGUCGGCGCCUUCAUGGACAAGUACGGCACCACGCGAACUCGCCUCCUGUCCGUACUCAUCUUCGCUCUGGGGACACUGAUGAUGACUUUCACAAGCGCUGGUUUCCCAUGGCUGGUGGUGCCAGCCCUCACACUCACUGGUGUAGCGGGUGUGGCCGUCCUGUUGACCAAUCUACAGAUCGCCAACCUCUUCGGCUCCACCCGCCAUCUUGUCAUCGCCUUCUACUGUGGCGCAUCCCUUUCAUCUAGUGUCAUCGCCUAUUUGAUGCAGCUGUCGCACUCGGAGGGUGUGAACGUGCAGACGUCCUUCAUGUUUCUGACCAUUGGUCUGGUGCCCAUGCUGGUGUCCACCGUGGCCUUCCUGCCCAAGACGCGCGUGCCAUGGCCGCUGCCCGUGGACUACGGCAAGCGACGACAUCAGUCCCUGGACGAGAACUUGCUGCGCAAACAGAGGGCCUGGCAGCGCCGCCUGUCGGAGGCCGGUGCGGUGAAGCUUCGGCGCCCAUCCUCCCGCUUCUGGCCCACGACGAGGCAACGAUUGUUUGUGGGUACGGUCACGUGGCACGCUGUCCACGCGCUGCACGUGGCCGUCAUGGAAACGCGCCUGGUCGAUCUGGGUCACUGGUCACAUUCAGGGUAUUCAGAUCUGCAGCAGUUCGGGUGGCUGCAGCUGCUGGGUGUGGUGCUGGCGCCGCUUCCGGGUCUGCUCCUGGACAAGAGAGGCUCCCGACAACCAGACAUACCACUGGGCACUCAGCAGAUGCAGAACGUUGUGCCGGCCAUCUUGGUGACGUCACUACUAGCUGCUCUGGAGCUGGUGUCAUCCAUUCCAGCAGUUGUGUCCAGCCCGCUGCUCUCCUUCUUCUUUCACAUCUCUCACAGGGUGUUCCACCUCACCACCAGCUACGCAGUUCUUAUGCACAUGCACUUUCCUCAAGAACACCUGGGCAAGUAUGUGGGGCUGAUGCUGACAUGGACCGCAAUUUUAGGAACGACUCAAUUUCCAAUCAGAGUUUUUCUGCACCAGCAGCAACUCACCAUUGUCCCACCAGUUCACAUCGCACUGCUCGUGCAGAGCCUGCUGACGAUGGUGCACGCGCUCAACGUCUGGAACUGUUGUCGACGUCGUCUCAUCCGUGAUCAGCCUACCCACGACAACUCACAGCGCUCCAUGCUGCAUGCCUAGGUGCCCACCCCAACCCUCACACCCCCCGUUAUGUCACGACAUCCAUUCUGCGACAGUUUUGUCGUCUCGACUAUAUGUACAAAUGUACAUGUCUAAGAUAACCUCUGACUCAGGUCACGUGAUCCCACGUCCCUGCUCUAGCGCGAGAGAACAGACAAGUUCAGUUUUCGUCUGUCUCUGAGUUACAGCGGAUCUAACGGCGACCGAAUUCUGGAAGUACAUAUUUCUCUUUCUGGGUCUUUAAUUUGUCUUCUUUAAUUUGGUUGAAAAUGUGUCUAAAAUCCAGUGUAAAAUUAGAGAGAUACAUUGCCGUGCCUGCAUAUACACAAACGAGCGUGUCUGAGACCUCACGCUAGGUGCUUGACCUCUUUGGGAUGCCUGACCUUGAGAGAAAACGAGAAAAUAAUUAACUGUUUAUCGAUAAACAAUCUCUUGCUGAAACAAAAGCCCAGAUCGGCACUGUACACAAACAUACUCGAUCUUACACCCGGAAAUGCGACCGCGGCUUUCUACCCAAAGAAAACGCGUUUAACUGGGAUUACACAGCGGCCCAAACCUGUAGUGAACGGGUGAGACCGAAUUCGUAUCGAUAUGUUAACUUACAGGCCGGUCAAGCCGAUCUCAUGUGUCCCCUCACGCGAGCAGAACCCUGGGGAGGCUGGCACUGUGUUGCCAAGAAGCCAGGAGGAUGGACCUGCUCAAGGCACCCGGCGGCUGGCCGACUGAUGAUUUCUGCGAGUUUGGAACUGCAGUGCAAGCUCUGAUCAUUUAGUUUGUCUUUUUGUAUUUUCACCUUUCUUUGCUUCUUCAGCUAGCAGUUCAUUUUCCUCUGUCGUCUUCUUUCGCUUACUUGUGCUGAUCUGGUUUUCCGCUUGGCAUGAAGAUGUUCCAAACGUGUUAAAAAUUUGGAUGACACUUUAUGUAUUAUCUAUCUAUAAAGGUUGUGUGUGUGUGCGCGCGAGCGUGUGUGUGUGUAACACAAUGCCCAAUGUUUGUAAAGAAACGUGUGGGAAAGUAGUUCUGAGUGUAAGAAAGAUUGUAUUGACAAAUGAAUACAUUGAUGUGUUUGCCAAAUGACAUUUCUUGUAACCAGUCUAUUUAUUGCUGUACAUUACCGCUAUCGAGCGACUGCUGUCUUGCAGUUAUUCACAUGUGUAUGAACUUACACAAUCCAUGGGAUUUUAAUUCAUGUAACCGAAAAUAAAAUUGUUCGGCGUGAUUUCUAGUUCGAAAAUUAUUUACAGAUAAUCAUCUGUUUCACCAACAAACAUCUGUCUUUCCAUUUCCACCUAUUUAAAAGCAUACAUGUAUAUGCAUUAAUGCCACGAUUGAUACUGUUCAAAAUUGUGUUGUUAUUGUUGUUGUUGCACAUGAUACCUUGACUAAGUUAACAGGAUUAACAACGUUAAUAAUGAACCAGUAGGAUACUUUUUCAACCACUAGUGAGAAUCUGUUUUAAUGACUAGGUCAUCAUUACUAUCUGACCAUGACAUCAUUACUACUGAACAAAAUAUGACCGUGACAGGAUAUUUCACAAAAUACAAGAUUUACAAGAUAUUCGCAUAUUUGAUCGUGGGACUGUUAUUUAAUCUCACUUUGUUUGGAGAAGCUCGCCAGUCAGCCAGAAACAAACAUCAGUUGAUUUAUUUUGCACUCGAACAACGGUCACAUGACACUCUGAGGCUGGAAGGUUUUACUGGUCCUUGUCGAAUCGACAGAAAUCCAAACAAAACUGGAAAGAGGAGAAGCGAUGUUAUCUGCGUCGGUGUCAGGUCGCUGGUGAUGACAUUACUGUUCGCAAACAGGUGUGUACUAAAAGCAUUUGACUUUUUCUCAGUCUUCCUACAGCUUUUCCAACUCCCUCGAGAAUUUAUAAACUUUUUUUGUAAAUCUUGUAUACAUUCCACCCGAUGCAAAACUACAGAAGAGCCGCCGAGAUUGUCGGCGAUGCCGCACACCAACAAGAGACUUUCUCCUCUUGGCGAUGUCAGUGAUGCUCAGCUGAAAUGCCAUAGAGAGUAAUGAGUCUAUGAAUGAGAGUAGUGUAGUCUAUAGUAUCUAAGGCAGCAAACAUGUCUAACAUGGUGAGGUCAUGUGAGAUGUGAGAUGUCACCUCUAUCCAGAGCAGACAAAAUGUCGUUUGUCACCUUAAGCAGGGCAGUUUCGGUGAAAAUGGUGAUAAGCUGACUGUGAUGGAGAAAUUAAAUUUUCAGAGUUUUGAUAGAAGUUGCUUGAGAACUACUUUCUCAAGGAUUUUGGAAAGAAAUGGCAAGUUUAAGACCGGGUGGUAAUUGUUCAGCACGUUGAUGUCAAAGGUGUUUUUUUUAAAACAGCAGUUUCACUAAGGCUGUUUUGAAGGAAGAUGGGAAGAUGCCAGAGAACAAGCUAUCAUUUACUAUGUCUGUGAGGACAGGGAGUAGGAUGUCAAGACAAACUACCAGUAAUGGGGUGGGAACUGGGUGCAGUGGACCAGUUGUGGGUUUUGACUGGAGUAUGGUGGUCCUAAGCAUUUAGCAUCUGUUUAUGUACAGUCAACAGAGACCUACACCACAACCUCUCAGCUCUGAUUUUUUUCCCCCUCAUUUCUUACCAACAAUUGUUCCUGUUUUUACACCACCAUCAUUAGUUAUCAUCUUCACGUCAGUCUAAUAUCUCUCAUCACAAUAACAACCUCAGUUGUCACUCAUCACUCAUUUCUAAUAAUAGUUCUGCUCAUCAUCCAGCGCUGCUCAUCUCAUGACUUUCAAAUUUUGUGUGCUUGUUUCAACCGUUUUCUGGUUCCCUUUUCUCUCUUUUCCUUUUUUGAAAGCCGAUAAAAGUCAUCCAUAAAUGUCUUGCACUUGUGGUGGGCUCUGAUCUUGAAAUAAAUGUAUAUCACAUCCUUAAGGACUUUC